GCCUAUAAGAACACUAGGAUUUGGGGUUUGGCCUUGUAGCCUCUCUUGGCCUUUUCUGCUUUUGUCUAACCCUCCUAUGAGAAAACAAAAGCAAUACAAGGUAAAGCAAAACAGUGCUUCCAAGUGGUAGUCCUUAAAAACCCCUAAACAAUCUCCAAAACACCCACACAUCUCUCACACUUCUCUCUCUCUCUCUCUCUCUCUCUCUCUCCUCAUAAUCUCAUAUCCAUUGCCGAAAGUGAAGCAUGGACAAUCAACGCAGUCCUCAUCUUAGUUGGGCUUACUACUGCCAAGGAAAGAGUAAUGAGAGUAUGGAGGAGCUAAGGCAAUUACUGUUGCUUACAACUCUGGAACUGGAAACCACAAGGCUAAAAGCUCAAGAGGAGAUAAAAAUGAGAGAUGAUGAACUGAUCCAUCUCAAAGAUCUUCUCACCAAUGCCAUCAGAGAAAGAGAUGAGGCCCAAGAGAAAUGCCAAAGACUCCUCUUUGACAAGCUCUUACUCCAACAGCACUACCACCACCAAACAGCCCCAAUCUCUGGAAUUUCGAGCAUCGAGGAUGAGCCCAGAAGGGGAUUAGACUCAGCCAACGGGUUUUCUUCCUCGGACUGCGAAGAAAGCAUCGUUUCUUCUCCGGUCAUCGACCCAAUUCCACAGCCGCCGCCGCCGCCACCACCACAAGCACCAGCGGCACAGCCACCAAUUGUGCCUGAAAAGGCACUGCCGGAAAAGGGGAAGCUUUUGCAAGCAGUGAUGAAAGCAGGGCCACUACUUCAGACCCUCCUCCUGGCCGGACCGCUUCCGCAGUGGCGCCACCCACCGCCACCACUUGACUCCUACCAGAUCCCACCACCACCAUUGGCAAUUCCAUCACUGCCAUCGCCAACCCAACUCCUCCACCAAGAUUGUUUGCUCAACAUUAGUGCUUCUUGUAACAACAACAAUUCUGAUAACUGUGGCACAGUCAAUAGGAAAAGGGGUCUAUGUGAAGUCUCUGAAUCUCCCACAGAGAACAAGUACCAAAGAGUUGUUCUCCAAUGACUGUCACUAUUUAAGGGUAAUUUAUACUUAGUUAUAUAGUAAUUAUAUCUACCAUUUAUAGUACUAAUUAAGGUUAGUGAGGAUGAUAUAUUGCAAGUUGAGUAUGAUAUGAUCUAGCAUUUGUAUAGAGGUUUGUUUUUUUUUAGAAGAGAAGGAUCCUAAGUUAACUCAGCAGAGGGAGGGAGGGAGGGAGAGAGAGAAAAAAAAAAAAACCAGCAAAAAAAAAAAGGGGAAAAAGAGCUUGUUUAGGGCUUUCUUUUUCCUGUGUUUGGAUGGAUUUUCUUGGCACAUCAAUUUUUAUCUGGGAUGUGAAAAAGGGUUUCACUUCCCUAAGGUAAAUGUGGGAUGUAACAUGUAAUUAUUGGUGAUAAUUGUGUUUGUGACGUUGUUGUGUGUGUGUGUGUGUGAGAGAGAGAGAGAGAGAGUGAAAGAGAGAGAGAGCACAUUAAACUUUAGGGAGAGAGAGGGAGAGGUGUGGACUGUGGAGUUGUUGAAAAUGGGAGGUGGGUAUGGCCAACAACCAAAGGUCUCAGAGCCCUACAUGUCGGGUUGGGUGGAUCCCACGAAUCCGAAUUAGGAUCUACUACUAUUGUGAUGUUUGAUUAUGUUAAUCUUAUCUGAUGUUUUCCAAA